AUGCAGACCUCUCACUUGCCGGCCUCGACCUCCAGGACUAUGUCCCAGGAUCCGGACCGUCCGUCUACGAGAGGGUCCAACGACCCUCCUGAACAUUCAGCCCAUGUACGAUCUCGUUCAACCGCCCAUGCUCAGAGCCCCAAACGUCUCUCCGUCUUCAGCGGUCGCUCUCGGAGUAAUACUACGACCUCCACUACCUCCUCGCGUCCCUCUCCCGCCUCCUCUAUGACCUCCGCCGAUGCUGCGUCGUUGCCUUCGCAAGAGGAUCGUACGGCCCCCGUGGCCGGCGUUCGCACCGAGCGACAUGGAAGCAUGACGAAGUCGCUCUUCAACCGCGGCAGUCGCAUUCUGCGGCGUCAGGGCAGCAAGUUCAAUAUCGCCGCCACCGUGGAUGAGGAGGAAGAGGUAGAGCGUGAGAAGUCUCGCUUCGGCCGCCACAAGUCCCGCCAAAGUGAUGCCCAUGACAAUCUCAAAAGUCUUAUCUCUGAUCCCUUUGAUUUUCACCAUCUCACCCACACGAGUCAAUCCCAAUUCCAGACCUUGGACAAAGCAGGUGAAAACGACCUGGUUACUGAAUUCUCUGCCAUCCGGGCCUCGCAGAGACCCGUGACGGGUCUCAAGGGUAUCCGUGCUGAAGACCUUCAUUUCCGUGAUUUCUCCACCGAAGAUCUCACCAAUUGCGGAACGGUCGUAGCAGACGAUCGCCCCGAUCCAGCCAGUCCACCGAUUUCGCCGGGCGCGACGUCGCCCUCGUCUGCGACUGCCAGGAGCCCUCGGGAUAUCAAGCCGCCAAGGGAGUCGCGCGUAUUUGAGAAUUUCUCUCGCCCGGUUCCCAGAUAUCCCCGGGCUGGAUCGACCACCCCGCCGCCCAAAACCUCGCCGCGACUGGCGGCGUCUCCGGAAAUCUCAGAGCCAGCUCCUCGGGCUAUCGAUGAAAUUUUGGGUCUCUCUUCUCCUCCGACUUAUCCGGAGCAUGUGUAUUCCCACGAUGACGACGAUGCUCGCCUCGGCUCUCAUUUGUCCAGUAUGAACCUUGAGGCCAUGUUGCCAAUGGUCAGUGGCUAUGCUAUUUCCACCGGGCCCAGCAAAGAUACGGCAGGACCGGCAAGGGCUCCCUCGAUGUCCUUUACCAACCUGUCUUCUGACCUGGAUGACGUCCCCGAAGAAGAGGAGGCGGCGGCGGCGGCGGCGGCGACGCAUUGGCAUGACAGUCCCGCGUCCCACGCUGAGAGCGCGAUCUCCCCUUUUAGUGCCGUGUCGAAUGGGACGGAAUCAGCCUCGGUGGCUCGUCCCAAGUCCGACUUGUCGAUCAACGUGGCCGAGGAGCUGUCGAGGAAAUUUUCCGAGGCACUUGGAUCGCCGACACUGCCUCAGUACCGCCUGGGUUCAGUUGUGUCCCAGGACGGCCACACAGCGGGAGAAGCCCCCCAACGACGACCUUCCAUCCAACCCGAGCCAAUGUAUGAGACGAUUUAUGAAUCCUGGGACGCCGACAUUGAUUACUGCUAUGAGCAUGCGGCAGAAUCAAACUCGAACUUUGACUGGGCUCGCAAUUCACUCGAUGAACAGCGACGCGGGGGUAUCGGCAUACCCGUUACCACAUCUGAUAUCGACAGUCCGUUUGAAGAUGAAGCCCGCGGCGUUCUACCACCAGUACGCCUAUCGUGCACGCUGCCUACCCCCAUCGUGGAAUCUAGCCCCUCUGGUUCUCUACCGGGCUCGCACCACCCCAUGUCUUCCGGCCCUGUGGGAUAUGAGGGCGAGCUGAUCGUCCCUCCCAGAAAUGGCGAGUUCUUUCAGCCUGUGGGUUCCGCAAUUCUGUCGUCUCCCUUUGGUAAACACGUAACGCAAGAUACGCUUUAUGAGGAAUACCUCUCUGCCGAUACGGAAUCGGAUCGACAUUUCUCCUUCUGCUCGCAAGGAGUGAUUCAACCCAUGGAGCAUCCCGUCUCCCCGCGAAGCAGUUUCUCUCCCAUUAGCAAAUGCAAUUCACAGGAGAGCUUGAUUCUAUCCCGUGCGGCAUCAGUUGUUCGUAAGCAUCGGUCCUCUGUUUCGACAACAAGCGUCCCCGAGCUUGUGCACAGCCUGGCCAACAGCAGAGAUCUAUCCAUGGCUGACCAGCUGGCCUCGGGGGAGCAAUCCAUGCCGUCUGCCUCGCCAUCUUUGUCCAAUUUGGGACGCCCUGACUCUUCCUCUCACCAUCGACAGACGAAGAGCCUGGCACGAGAGAUUGAAAACCAGUUCUUUUACCGGACCGACAAUGCGAGCCGGGAAUCUGCGGAGCUGCCACCGUCCAUUGGCCCAUCCAUCAAAGAUCGGGCCAAAUCCACAUCUGAGGUUGAAGCGGCCCCCCUCGUUGCUCAGGCUGCCGCGAAGGCUGAGCUCCCGCUUAAAGGGGCACAGCGGAAAAAGGGCAGGACCACCUCCUACUCUCUCUUUCCGUCUCACUAA